UUCAUAAUUACAAUGUGUCUUGAAUCAACUCUAUCUCACUUCAUCGUUGAAUGCCCUGCUACAUGUGAGUUAUGCGCCCACUGGCUUCCCAACCAUGCUAGCAAUUGCCCACGAAAGGGUGUACAUCCUUCCCAAUGGACUUUGGACCCCUCUCUUGAUGUGACCGACGAAACAUACCAACCUGAUCUUGAUCAGUGUUCAGAAGAUGAAUGCUGACUGCGGACCAGCUUGUUCCUUUACGUCUAGUGUUGACCACGACUUUAUAUCACUCUCACACAUUUAAUUCUCUACGUUUCUUAACUGUAACUCGAUACCAAACUAUACAAACACACACAACCCGCAUACGCACACCUACAUACCUCAACGUUGUCGAUAGACCGGAGAUGGUUUCUACCGCCACCUGUACAUAAUCUGAUAGAUGGGUCUUCGACCGUAUCUUUCAACGUUCUGAUCUCUUCCCCUACUCGUCGUAACCGACUCUG